CUAGUCCCCUUGAUCACGACACAGUUAUAUCCAAGUAGGGUUGACCUGGAGCGUUCUGUUAGACGGUGAAAAGUCUUAGUUGGAGGAUGCAGAAUGUGAGGAAUAUAGUUGAGUAACUCUGUUUUAUGAGCUGCGUGUUUGCUAAGAUGGCUAGCACGUCCAAAGUGGUUUACGAGAAGAGGAGGACGGUGCCACCUGUCGCAUGGAAGCUGACCUCGAUAGCGUACCCACAGCACGGUGAGACGUUUGAAGAGUGGGCCACCCUCUCCCACCUCAAGGACAGCACACUAGAGGUGCUUCGGAGUAACGAGAUUGAUGAUCUCAGCACUGUUAGAUUACUAAACGCUGACGACAUCAAGAAAUUACCAAUCAAGUUAGGCCAGGCCAAGUUACUGGAGUAUGCUGUGAAGAAAUUAAAACGGUCUGAUGCAUCGCUCAAUACCAGCAAAGAAACAUCCUACUCCCGCGGUUCCUCCCCGGACAGAUCUAAAUCAGACAGCUUCUACAUCGUUCCUUCUCCCCAUAAGGGUAGGAAGUCCCCCACUAAGUUUUCACAAGUGGAAGUAGAUGAUAUCACACCUGAAGACCCAGAAAAUUCACCUUGCACCAUUCGCAUAACUAUAGAAACAAAGAAGGACGAGGACAUGGACCCAGAAGAAACGAGCUAUAUCGAGGAAAUCGUCAACCCUAGUAGAAAUCUAUUCCAAGAGCUGGACGAACCCACAAUCAUGGAAGAAUCAGAAGAUCACCUCCCCACAUUUUAUGUGGAAGAACCCGUGGAAGAACACCCCGACGAAGAAGGUUCGCCUAAAUAUACGUCGGACACUGACGCUGAGCAUGGUGAACCUGCCACUGACGAUGACGAAGAUGAUGGUUUGGGAAUAGGAGUUCACAGUCUACGCGACGAAGGAAGUCGGCAGUCUCCAGUCUCGUUUGCUGAGGUAGAAAACGAAGAUCUUGAAACAGUAGAGGAUGCAGAAAACCCAGAAAAAGAAGAUAGGACAGAGGAUAUAAAAGAUGGAGAGCAUUCUGCAUCUGCAGGAGAAAUAGAAGAGGGGGAGGAACCAAACGAUGGAGAUGAUGAAGGGGAAGCAGAAGAGGUUGAAGAAGAAAAAGGGGAGCUAGAGGAAGAGGAUGGAGGGGGGAAGGAAGAGCCAGAACCCUCAGAAGAGGACGAUAAACCUGACGAGCCCGAGGAACCAGAUGAAGGUAACGAAGAAGAAAAUACGCCUGGAGAUGAGGAGAAAAAGGAUGAGGAAGAAGAAGUUGAAGAAGAAAAAGAAGAUGAAGUUGAAGAUAAUCCACCAGCUGGAGAAAUGGAUGAGACAGUGACAGACUUGGAUCUGGAAGUGAAGGGUGAAGCUCUCUUACCUCCUCCCCCUCCUCCUAUUGAAGUUCCGUCUGAGGUGAGCAGAAUGACUCUUGAGAUAGAAGCCAAUGCUGCGGAUCUUGAGACACAAGUUCUGAUAUCAUCUGACAGACAAUCUCUGUUCAUUCCGUGCAUGGAGUCACUAGCAAACAGAAGAGAGGAGCUUAUAAAACACGCCGCACGAAGGAUCGUCGCAGAGUCAAUGUCCGAUAACACCGGUAAUGAUGACGAACACACCAGGGACAAACUCGUCGCUUUCUUGGAGGGCGCGUACGGAACUACACUGAUCCGCCUGAGUAACGACCAGGGUACUCUCAAGUUCCUGGUACCCCAGUUAUCAGAAACAGCCAUGCAGACAGAGGAGGAUAAGGAGGAGGAAGUAGCAGCAGAGGAGGAAGCGGCCGAAGAGGAGGCAGCAGAAGAAGAAAAAGAAGACGACGCCGGAGCUGAUAACAAAGAUUUGGACAGCAUCUCGGGUGAGCUAAGCACACCGCUGUGUGAAGACUCUGACCUGCCACCCCCGGCUGAGUGUGAUGAGGAGAGGGACAGAAUGCCAGAUCCACCCCAAAUCGAAGAACCUGGUGAUGUUCAAAAACCAGUUGACAGAAAGGAAAGCAUUGCGUAUGAUCCCGAGGACAGUCCCAACGCAAUUUCUAACUUCCACACUCCUAAAGCUGUCAACAAACACGGAAAUUAUACUCAGGUACCUGUAAUGUUGGGUGAAGAUUUACAGGCCCACCCCACCACUCGACGACCCAUGUCGCCAGUGGUGUCCCAGCCUAUCCGUUGGGAGUGUAACAGGUCACAGAAGGGAUCUUCACCGCCAAGGAUCACCAAGGGAGGCUCAAACAAGAACACAAGUCCGGUUAGGCACAGAACACCAAGUCCUCAGAGAUUCAAGAGUCCGGACAGGGGCCCUAGGGUACGAGUAUCAAACGGUCUACCAGCUGGAACUGCUUACAAACAUUCCGGAGAGAUAGACCCCAAGAUAAAAGAGAGCCCUCCCAAGGAUAUCGUCAAUAAGAUAAGGAACACGAUCGAAUCUCCUUCCAGAGUAAAAUCUCCUCCUAAACCAAGAUCCCCAUCUCCAGUAAAACCAUUUGACACUGACGCCUUUAGACUAGCCAGAAAGCUGGCCCAGGAGGUUGCUGAUUGUCCACCCGACUGCAUUGUCUUGAGUAUUUACGACCUACAAAGGUGCCCCAAGUUCCUCCUUCCCCCGGAGUUGAACCGAUGUAGACUCGAAGACUACGUUACAGAUUCUCAGUUCUUGAGAAACUUUAGGAUGACUCGAGGAGAAUACGCGGAGUUGCCAUUCUGGCGGCAGUGUCUCAUCAAAAAGCGCAUGGACAUGUUUUAGAUUAGGAUGGUCCGAGUAAAGGAUCUACAGAGGUGUCCCAAAGCGCUUCUCCCCCCAGAGCUUGACAAGGCCAGACUGGAGGAAUACAUCUCGGACACGGAAUUCCGCAGAACUCUGGGCCUAUCCCGGGGAGAGUACGAUACUUUCAGCGAGUGGAAACAGCAGGAGAUCAAAAAGGAGCUCGGACUCUUCUAAGAUUUGUGCAUUUUUCUGGAAAUUUCAAGAAUUGUCUAGGAUUAUCUUGAACAUAAUAUUAUGAUCUCUAAACUUGUGGUUUGGUUAUUGAUAUUGUUGAUGGUUAUUAAUAACGAUAAUGAUUAUAGGACCGUUUUGAUCGUACAUUUAUUGAGCAGUUUUUGAGGAAAGAUAUCAGCACACUGGUUAUUAUUUAUGGCAAAGGAGCCCUUACGUUUUGAUCAAAUUCCCCGUGAUUAAUUACAGAUCUAUAAUCUGCUAUGGAUUCCAAUUGAUUGAUUUUCUUACGCCCAACUUCAUAUUAAUUAUCUUAUGACUUAAUUGUCUGAUCAUAAUUUUCUUUUACAAAUGACUCAUUUGUUGAUACAGAAUCUUAUUCCCCUACCCUCUUUCAAUCUUAUUCACUUACUUCUGAUAUUUUCAGAUCGAACUGCUUCCAAACCAACAAAGCAGUAUUAUCAAUCAUGAAAGUAUUAUAUUUUAUGUCAUGUAUUAUAGUGUAUAUAAUUAAAAAUGUUACAAAUUAUUUAAGAAA